AUCGUGUCCUUGCUCUAACCCCCACCCCCCACCCCCCCAAAGAAUCCAUUUUUUCCCAAAUUAAGCAAUUAACUACCCAAAACCCCAAAAAUUAGUGGCUAAAUAGCCACUGAUUUUCUAAAAAGUUUUAAUCUUGUUGAGUUUACAUGAAAUUGGCUUUGUGGGUGUGUGUUUAAAACUUAUGGGGAAGAGAAAGAGAAGAGCUGAUCUCAAUAAAACUCAUUCUCUUACUGGUAAAAAUUGACCAGCUGCCUCCACCUGGAAUGGAUGCCUUGUCGAGACAGACCUCUCAUCAAGUUGAUGUCUAUGCAACAAAGUCUUUCUCAUCAAUUAUGGAUAUCAUAGAUGAUUCUUCAAAGGCAACACAAUGUCAACAACCAUCUAUUGUUCACCGUCAAAAUAUUGACCAGGCAAUGUGUUCAAAGAAUCCUCAUCACUACUAUGGGCUCCAUUAUACUCGACGGAGGUCUGCUAAUAAUGCUGAGGCAUCAACUUCCCGUGGUGGGACCACUUCUUUUUAUGAUGAGCUGAUGUCUGCAAAGUCAGCUAGUAAAUGCAACUCGGAUUCUGGACAUGACACAGAGAGUAAACCUCAAAAACCAGAAAGUGUUGGCGUUGCGCCCAGUUUACUGGCAACAAAUGCAACAUCUUCCAACGUCACCAAGCAGUUUUGCGGAUUAUGUCAGAAGCCUUUGAGAAAGAAACACUAUAUGCUCGAUAGCAACAUACCUUCCUACGAGCCCUCUGUUGUGGCAGUUUUAGUUUGUGGUCAUCUUUACCAUGCUGAUUGUUUGGAGGAAAGAACACAUCAUGACAAUGCAACAGAUCCUCCCUGCCCGAUCUGUCGUGGCAUCAAUUGAGUAGGUUUGCUUCUCUACCUGAAUGUAGAUAACCUCAGAUGCAGAUUCAGGAUUUGAAAAGCUUCGAGUUGUGUAGACAUAUAUACAUAUGUCUUAAAAUCUCGAUACAAUGUAACUAUCUGUUAUGUUUAUAUAUAGUUCGAGUCAAAGGCAGUGGGUGCGCGUUUAAUCUUUCGGAUACCAGAUGUAUUGAGAGGGAAAUGUAGCUUACAAGAUGCAUCAACAGUCAGUAUAAACUUUUCAGUGUUUUCUUUGAAAAUAUUUGUGAUGUAUUAGUCUAACUCUAAUAGAAUUUAUAUAAGUCAUUAGUGUAUGACAAAUUGAUGGAUUAUACUA